AUGAUGGUUUCCAACACAACAAGGGUGCAGCAGCUUAAUAACAAUACUAACAACAGCAAUGAUAACAAUAAUAGUAUUAGCACUUCUAAUGAUACUAUUUUCAUGGAAGAUUCAGACAGUGUUAGUACCAAUAGUGAACUAGGAACAAGAAGAAGGAGAAGAAGGAGAAGAAGAAGAGAUCUUGAUAUAAACAAUGAUGUUACUGUUUCUACAACUUCCAGUGUGCCUGGAACCAUGGAUAAUAACAAUUUUAUAACUCAUUUAUUAAAUAAACAGUCUACUCUGUUAUCUACAAACUUUUCACUAGAUGAUACCCAUAAUUCUGGCAUUGAAAUUGAUAAUAAAAAUGAUAACAAUGACUGUAUAGAAUCAGAUGAUGACAUUAUAUUCAUUAAAGAAGAAAAGGUUAAGAAUCAACAAGAUUCUGUUGUGUCACUGAAAAAGGAGCAUUCUAUUGAUGCCCUUACUACCACAAAAGACACCCAGCAUAACCACCAAAAUUAUCUGUUGGUACAUGAAGAUGAUACUUCUGAUAUUAUGGGAGUAACCGGCGCAACCGAUAAAAAGCAAAGAACUGUCUCUAUACCACAAUUACCACAUGCUAAAUUACAGUACCAACCGCCUGCUUCCCUGUUACUUUCAAAUAAUAGCAAUGCUGGCAACUGUGCCACUAGUACUUUUCAUAAAAGGUAUUUAAAUUCGCAACACAGUAAUGAUUUUUUGGGUGAUGGCACAAAUUUUAACGGUAGUGCUAUAAUAGAUUACGAUGAGGAUGGAAAUGAACUGUUUAAUACGGAAACAAGGGGUAACGGAGGAGUUGAAGAAGAGGAAAAUGAUGUUGAUAAUAUUAGCCCCAACGAUGAGACAAAAAAUUAUGGCGACAACAACAUCGUCGAUGCUAAUAAUUUGAUGAUGAACAUGCUUAAUUCCAGUACUACCGUCACAAACAACAAUAAAUACAACUAUUAUGAUUACUAUAACUACAGUAAUAGGAUUAAUAACAACAACAUUCCUGGUGAUGACCACAUCAACUAUGGUUUUGAUGAUGAAGAUAUAGACGAUGGGUCGCAUUCUACAACUUUAAAAAGAAAUAGGAGAGUUUCUAUAAGAGUUAUUGAAGAUAACACAAGUUAUAGUCCUCCUGGUGGCAAUUUUUUGUUUGAUCAAAGAAAAAAAUUAAAAGUUUUCAAUCACAAUAAUGCAAAGAUGUCGCACACUUUAUUUCGCACCAAUAAUAAUGCCAAAAUAAGAUUUGAUACUGACGAAAAGGAUGGCCAUUAUAUUUUUUAUCCUAAUUCUAUUAUUUGUGGAGGUAGAUAUUUAACUAAGGAUAUUUUAGGAAAAGGCACUUUUGGUAAAGUAAUUAAGUGUGUUGAUCUACAGCAUCAACAACAACAACAAAUGGAGGCUAAUAAUAAUGGUAGUAACAAUAAUAGUACUACCAAAUACUGUGCCUUAAAAAUCAUUAAGGCUAUAGAUAGAUAUAGAGAAGCAGCCAAAACAGAACUACGCAUACUAAUUACGAUAUACAAGAACGACCGGUUUGGGGAGUAUCAAUGUCUAUUGCUACGUGAUUUUUUUGAUUACAAAAAUCACAUUAUUAUAGUUUCAGAUCUAGCUGGUAAAUCUGUGUAUGAUUUCAUGAGCAGUAAUGGGGUUGGUAGAUUUUGUGGUUCCCAUGUUCAAGCAAUGGCUAGACAAAUUAUUAGGAGUACUUGUUUUUUACAUGAUUUGAAUAUAGUGCAUACUGACAUUAAACCGGAAAAUACUUUACUAGUCGAUGAUAAACAUUAUUGGGAGGUACAGUUACCUAAUCCAGUGGUUAAAAAAUUAAGUAAGCGUAGGUUCGAGGCUAGUUUGGGUAAAAGAAAGAUUUUAUAUAAUCCUGAAAUCAAAAUCAUUGAUUUUGGUAGUGCCGUAUUCAAUAACGAGUUUCAUCCAGAUGUAGUUAGCACCAGACAUUAUAGAGCACCUGAGAUUAUUUUGGGGUUAGGCUGGUCCUUCCCAUGUGAUAUUUGGAGUAUAGCCUGUGUUUUAGUGGAAUUGGUGACUGGUGAAUCGCUUUAUCCCAUACACGAAAAUGUUGAGCAUUUGGCUAUGAUGCAAAGAAUACAUGGCACAAAGAUACCUUCUAAGUUGAUUUCCAAAAUGAUAUUUAAUUUAGAACAUGAAAAUGAGUUGAGAUAUGCCAUACCGUCCAGAAUCAUUAAAAAAGAAUUAUUGCCUUACUUUUUUAAACUGAAUAAUUUCAAUAGAAAGGUCGGUACUGAUGAGCAUGAAGCUGAGUAUUGUUUCCAAUGGCCCAAAAGGAACAGCAGAAAGGUUUUGUUAACCCCAAGGGACUCUAUUAAAAGAGUGAUGGAUAAUUGCGACCGUUUAGAUAUUUGGUUGAGCAAGAAAAUUGGAAGGGAUUAUCCAUGGAUUAUUUUGUGUAAUAUGGAAAUGGACAUAGAAACAAAUUGGAAGCUUAUUUUAAAAAACAUGGAUACAGAUAACGCUUCUUGCAGUGAAUUAAAUUAUGGGGCUAUUCCAAGUAACACUGCUUUCAAUAAUAAUCAGAACGCAUAUUACUACGAUAAUAAUAAGCCUGAUAGAGACGUAUUUGAAUUUUGGUACUAUUUCGUAGACUUAUUGAUUAAUAUGUUCGAAUUUGAUCCGGAAAAGAGAUUAACCGCAAAGCAAGCUUUAGAACAUAAGUGGUUUGAUAUGGGUAUUAUAGAUGAGGGUAUCUUGAAUUAUCAAAGUGCUGGCGUCGUGAGCAGCCACACUCUGUAA